CCCGCCUGCCCGGCCCCCCCAUCAAGCCGGACGCCAUGGACAUGCGUUAAUACGCACAGUAUCCCUGUCAACAUGACAACAGCCUCCACAUCUAAACCAUAUACAUCACCUGAAAAUCCAUGCGGUGUCUCAGCAGAAAAAGUUGGCCAGAUAAGGCCAAAGACACCUCUGCUGAACAUCCUGCAUGAAGCCGGUGCAUCAGGAGAACACUUCACAUUGAAGGAGGUAAUGCACUAUCUUGGUCAGUAUAUAAUGUUGAAACAACUGUAUGACCAACAGCAACAACAUAUUGUACAUUGUGGAAAUGAUGCCCUUGGUAAAGUAUUCGGAGUCCAGAGCUUCUCUGUUAAAGAUCCAAGCCACUUGUAUGAAAUGCUUUCGAGGAACCUAAGAACUGCCAACUUGCAAGAUGCUGCACAGACUCGCACACUUGUAAAGGAUACGAAAUGCCUGCCUAUGAGGGAAGAUCGUCUGAAGUGCCCUGCAUCAGGUGAACUUAGUGAAGAAGAAACAACUGCCUGUAGCAUACCAACUACCUCACGUUUAAAAAGAAAGAACUCCGAAUCAGAUGAGUCUGUGACAGAUGACCAAUCUGAAUAUCAAGCCAAAGAUAGUAUUUCUGGUCUCUGGGAUGCUGCUGGACUGCCAUGGUGGUUUAUUAAAAGCUUGCGCACUAAUUAUGGAAGUAGAAAGAGUGGAUCAACAGAUAUUCACAGCAACCAGGAUAUAGACACUGCCAUUGUUUCUGAUUCGACUGAUGAUCUGUGGUUUCUGAAUGAACCUGCCAAUGACCAAAUAAAUGUGGAAAUCAAAUUGGAAACCAUUGAGCCCAAAGAAAAAGAUGCCUGUGAGGGCCAGAAAGGGGAGGAAGGAAAAAACACAGAUUGCAAGGAGGUUAUUGAAGUUACAAUAUAUGAAGCUGAUGAUGAUCUGCCAAGCUCGGGAGAUGCUACUGACACAGAAAUCUCUGAAGAGGUUGAGAAUUCCAGUGAUGUAAAGGAUUCUUGGAAAUGCACCAAAUGUGGAAAGUGUAAUCCUUUGCAGAAACAAUACUGCCUGCGAUGCUGGGCACUUCGCAAAGGCUGGCAUCUCAACCCUAAGUUUGUACAUUCCACAUCUGACCCAUUAAUUACCGGCUUUGAGGAAACGGAGCACGAAGAUAUAGAUGUCCCUGACUGUAGGAAGUCCAUUUCUGAGCCUUUAAUUCAGACUGCAGAACUAAAAUGCAAGGAGAAAGGGAAACAUGCCCAAUGUGGCUCUUCUGAAUCCUUAGAAAGACUUCUGCAGCCAUCCACAUCAAGUAUCAGCUUGCCUGGAAGUAAAGAGGACAUUGAGCCUGUGGAUCAAGGAGCAAAAACGCGGUGUGAAGAAUCCUUGCAUUUUCAAAGGAAUCGCUUGGGACCCUGUCUUGUCUGUGGUAUACGACCCAGGACUGGGAAUAUCAUCCAUGGAAAGACGGGACAUCUUGUAGCAUGCUAUGCAUGUGCUAAAAUGUUACAUAAGCGCAAACUGCCUUGUCCUGUGUGUGUGCAGCCAAUUAAUACAGUUAUAAGAACUUUUAUAGGGUAGCUACAUGCUAUGCUGCCAAGGUGACUUGUAUUGAAUGUGCAUUGUAAAACCAUCUCUGUUUAUGAUUCUUUAUCCAUCUGGGAUUUUCCAACCUCCUUUGCAACACGUGAAGGUAACGGGAAAGAACAAAAUACCGGAAGAGCCAGGAAUCUAUUUUGGUAUAUGUGGAGCUGUUUAUUACCAUGCUGUUCUUGUUGUGGAUUUCUGACAUUAGUUAUUCAUCCUAUUGAAAAAGAGCAUACAUUAGUCAUUUAGUUAAUUAAAUUAACACUGCACUGCACAGGUAAAUCAAAAUACUGUAAACUUGACUUCAUUAGACUUUCAUUUGUUGGCUGCACCUUAUUGUGAUUAUGUUGUAACAGCUAAAGUAAAUGCCCCGCACAUUAAUGUAGCCAAUAUGUGAGAUUGUAGCGUGAGGGAUGGCAGUUUUGAAGUUGGAUUUAGAUUCUGGUCAGCCCAUUAAACAUUGGGUUCUACAUUUAUAUUUAUUUUUAGCUGGAUUUUGAGUAGCCUUGUACAGCUCUUCGAGCAGUGGUGGUACUAAAACUUGUUGAUUUCUUUCAGUUGUCAUGCUCUUUAACUGUGAUAUUUUUAUUAGUAUUUUUGAUAUUGCCUAUAAUUGUCUUCACUGUAAGCUGGACCACAGACAAGUUUAAAAAAAAAGUUGCUGAAAGUUUUCAUCAACUGGUAGUGCACUCGUCUCUGAUUCGCAGAGGUUCUGGGUUCAAUACUUUAUAGGCUGUAAAGUACUUGGAGGCGUUGGAUGGUCAUGAUAGGUGCCAUAUAAAUGCCAGUCUUUUAAUUUUGUUAAUCUCCUUUUCCUAGAGGCAGGAGGUAUGAUUAUCAGAUUCAGUUUGCUGCUGCAUUGCCUGUCGUCAGCAAAUUGUUUGCCAAUUAGCGCCUAGAAUUUGAAACUUGAUGCUACUAUUGGAUUAUAAACACUAAUAACCUUGAUUGCCAUUGGCUGGAUAUAUUUAGCGGUUGAGACUCAGAAACUUAGAGGAAUGACAAAAACGUACAAUAUGCUUUUUUUAAUGUUAUAUUUCUGUGUUCAGUGCAUAAUUUCUCAUUGAUUCCAUUAUUGCCUUCAUCGAUGAUGGGCCUGUAGUUAUUCGUUAAUAUAACUGAAAGCGCUUUUUCCAUAUACAACUCCAGUUUUAAAAGAACAUUUAAAUUUCUACUAAGUGCUUUUUUUUUGGACAUAGGCUUCACAGAAAAUCUAGUGACAAUGUUGGCUGUCUGAGAUUAAAUUGGCAGGCUGUCUGAGAUUAAAUUGGCAGUGUAUUAGCUAAUGCUUCCUUCCAAUGCCACAAAAUAUAUGGCCUCAGUCCAGAUAAGCUUUUUAGCUUUCAAUUUUGAAAUCCAGGUGAGAAGUUAUGAAGUGGAAUUAUUUUCUCCAAAUUAAAACCACUUUACUUUCGUAUUGUGCCAUACAGUGACCCAUCUAUAUUUGGUAUUAUCCUGACAAGCUGCUGCUGCCCACUGUUGUCCUAUGGGGAGAAAGAUAUUCCAUUAAUGUUUCCAUGUAUUAUGAAAAAUACCCUGUGUGUUAAUAGUUAGCAAGUUUGCAAUUUAAUGUUAACAAAUAUCCUAUUUGUUGUUUUCAAACCCCUUCAUGAUUCUCAUUGAGGUGGCCACUGUUGUUGUCAUUUCUGGGUGUUUGUGUGGAAGUCAUGUCAUUAAAUUAAACUGUCCUGGGGUGUGAUCAUUUUUUACUAGGUUGCAAUGGAUGCAUAGUGGUUCGUUCAGUCCUGCCAGAGAAUGGACAUUUGCACCAAUAAACUAGCAAGAAUCUAACAGUUUGCUGUUUCUCAUUCAGUAAGGUGCUAUGUGAGCACUUUUAACAUGCGUUUUCUUUUUUGGACUUAAACAUGAAAAGAAAAAUAAGAAAAAAGACCCAAUCUCUUGCUUUUUAUGAUUGUUCGGAGGGACAGUUUACCUUUCUUCGUUCCAGUAUAUAGUGAAUCAUGACUGACUUCCAUUUCAAAUUGAUUGACGUUGUCCAUGUGGUGUCUACUCAGAUGCUUUUUCUGGCUUUGGCUGAUUGGCACUGUAAAAUAUGGUUAGUUCUGGGUGUGUGCAGGGUUGGAGGGUGCACAAAAAAGGUGACUUAGUAUAGUUCGUAGCAUAAGCCAGUCAGAGCUGAAGAAAGCUUUAGUAGACACCAUGUGAGCAGAGCGAAUGGAUGACAGUUACCUGUAGCUCAAAAAUGGAUGGUUGGUACCUUUGCUUUCAGUGCUAUCAUUUAUAAAAAGUGCAGUUUUUUUGAUGAA